AUGAGGGUUCUGAGGACGGGGAUCAACCACGGGACAAAGAGGCCAAAGCCUAUUUUUUCUAUAGACGUGUCCGACGGACACAUUGUUACUUCGUCCCUUGGUGGAGAGAUAAAGCUGUGGAACCCAGAUUAUGAGUGCAUUAGGACAAUCAAGAAGCACCAAGGAACUGUACUGUGUGUCAGAUUUAGUGUUGAUGGGGAUUUAUUUGCUUCUGGAGGAGAUGAUGGAAUGGUAUUUGUAUAUAAAAGGAACGGAGAUGUUGUUGGAUCUACCUCGGAGCAUGAAAAUGACGUCAGUAAUGUGAUUUGGACUGACAGAUUUCUUGUGAGUGUUGGAUAUGAUGGAUAUGUUGUGCUCUAUGACCAGAAGUCAUUAGACGUUGCUAAGAAGAUGAGGCCCCAUGAAGGACAGAUAAAAGGUAUUUGUGUCGACAAAAGCUUUAGAUAUAUGUGCACCCAAGGGGAUGAUGGAAUUGUCUUGUAUGAGGAGUUCAAGGUUGUUAAGAAGGUGGAUGCUUCUGAAGGAGUGAUUCUUGAGUCUUUUUUCUCCAGGAUGAGCUGGACUCCUGACGGAGAAUUCUUUGCAUCUGGGCUGUCAUUCAACAGGAAUUAUAAUACUGUUGAAGUUUUCAACAAAGACCUGAGAAAUGAAUGCUCACUUAUUGGACAUGCAGCACCAUGUGAGGUUGUGGCAUUCAGCCCAGUACUAUACAAAAAAGAUAGAAAAUACUAUGUUGCUGCUGUGUCAUCCCAGGAUCUAAGUUUAUCUCUAUGGUGCUCAUUGUCUGCAAAGCCAUUCCUUUUGAUUAAGAACCUGACUGAGUUACCUGUGCUGGACAUGUGCUGGAAUGAAAGCGGAACAAGAUUACUUGUAUGCUCUUAUGGAGGAGAGGUUGUUCAGAUAGAUGUAGAGGAUGGGGACUUUGGAAAAGCCUAUGAGGAAGAAGAGGAUAGUUCUGGAGAUAUUUUCUUCUCUGUGGAAAACAGAGACAUAUUUGAAAGGACAAAAGAAAGCCCGGAAGAAAGUAACGAUCAGGACGAGCCUGUCCAGAAUGCUAAGAAGAUAGUAAAGCCUGUAUUGAUAUCGUCUGACCCAACUUCAGAAGAGACAAAAGCAGAAGGUGCUGAGAUUACCACUGAGCAUUCGUACCUUGCAAUAUUCAACUACUGCAACAGGAAGAUAGAAAAGUUACCAAGAAACAGCCAAAUGUCUAAAUCUUUUGGCGACUUUAAUGUCGAGCUGAGUAAGGACCGGACUUAUGUCUCUGUUAAGAGAGGCCCUAAGGAGUUUUAUAAGAUAUAUGGGAGUAUAGAGAUGAUGUGUGUGAAUAAAAAACACAUAUGUUUAUACACAGGGAAGAUACAGAUAUACAACCUUAUGACUGGGGUCCUUUCUAUGCCAUUUAUCUGUGCUGGAGAUGUUGUGACUAUGGAUGUUCUUGGAAAGAGGCUGGCAUAUCUCCAGGCGGAUGGAUUCUACACGGUGCUUUCCAUCGGCAAGCGCAAGAUAGAUGCCAAGGGUAUGAUUCCAAGAACCGGAGAUCUUUUAUCUCUAAGACUCGACAGGAAGUACUUUGUUGUAGCUUCGUUUCCAGAUGAGGAAUAUUUUCUUGAAAAGAGGUCAGGUGUCUGGCUUCAGAAAACUCCUGUAUCCAACAGCAUUUGGGCUGGAGACACAGAUCUAACUCUUGAAUAUGAUGAAACAUUGUCUCAUCUCGAAAACGAGUUUCUUAUAUCACACUUAGUAAAAGACAAGGAAAGAAUGAUCCGAGCCUUAAAACGGAUCACUAAAGCUGCCUGUAAAAUGAAAAAGAUGGAAGACUUUAUAGAGCUUAAGCUGAAGAACAUCAUCACGAUGUUACUAGAAGCAGGAGAAAGGUCUAAGGCUGUUGAGAUCUUAGGGAAAAUGAACACUAAUUAUGUGUUACAGCAAUUUGUGUUUUCAAUGCUUAAGGAAAUAGGAACAAUUAAGCUUUAA